CUCAAUGGAAACAUGUAGGAGAGCAAAACAGUCGGCUCCGAAACACUGUUUAAUUGUUUAAAUAACAAAAUGUCAGUGCUUAUUAGAUUGAGCAGAAGAAAUGGGUUCGCGGUGCCAUCGAAAUUGCAGUGCGUCGCGUAUUCUCUGCCGUCUACUCCUUUGUCGAUAGAGGAGGAUGGGAUGAUCGGUGAAUUUCGUGUUUUGAGAUUUAUUCCAAAGAAGAAUCAAGAAAAAAGAAAAGUGAUAGAAAGGCCAAAAGUGCCUCCACCACGUGCAGAUCAGAUGGCAACAGACCAGGACUGGCCCUCGGUCUGGCCUGGCCCCAAGACCUUCCACCCAGCCUCAGUGCCCCUCCCCGUUCGUCAAGGCUACCCGAAGAAGAACGAUGCACCUCCUGGUAAAUUCGGUAACACCGAGCUCAUGAAAAUCCCGAAUUUCCUGCAUCUCACACCUCCAGCCAUCAAGAGACACUGCGAGGCCCUCAAGCAGUUCUGCACAGAGUGGCCAGCGGGCCUGGAGGAUGACGAGAAGUGCGAGAAGCAUUUUCCACUCGAAGUCAUCACGUCAGACUACUGUUACUCGUCUCCCUCCAUCAGAGAUCCUCUGGCCAGAGUCGUCAGUUUGAGGGUGAAACUGUCGUCUCUGGAGCUGGAUGAACAUGCCAAGGAUAAAUUGUUGAGGCUCCUGGGGCCUCGGUACGACCCCAAGAGCGAUAUCAUUUCGAUUGUUGCUGACAGGUGCCCCACGAGAAAACAAAACCUCGAGUAUGCUGAUUACCUUCUCACUGCGGUUUAUCAUGAAGCCUGGCGCAUGGAGCCCUGGGAGGCAGAGAAGCAACUCGUCGACAUGGAGUAUUACGACUGGGACAGGAACAAGAGUCGUGAAACACUGGUGACAAUUUACUCGUGGCCAAACGAACCCCCAGAGGAUCUCAACUACGACACAAUCCCUCACGUCACCGAGUACAAAGUUGCGGUGGCAGAUUUAAUCAACACCGGGGAGGAUCAGUUUUCCGUUAAUAAGUACAGGGAGGCUGUUAAGAAUUUAUUACAUCUGAAGAAGGGUGCUGUAGAGAAUUAAAUUUAUUGCCACAACAA